CUGUGCCUCCAGCUGACUCACAUGUGCCAUGUCCCAGCACCUGCUGCUCCCAUUUGUGAUCCUCGCCAUCAGCCCCAUCCCAGGAGCCUUCCAGGACUCAGCUCUCAGUCCUACCCAAGAAGAACCUACAGAUCUGGACUGCGGUCGCCCUGAGCCCUCUGCCCGCAUCAUGGGGGGCUCAGAUGCUCGGCCUGGCACCUGGCCGUGGCAGGUGAGCCUACAUCAGGGCAGGGGCCACAUCUGCGGGGGCUCCCUCAUCGCCCCCUCCUGGGUCCUCUCCGCGGCUCACUGUUUCAUGAAUAACGGUACCUUGGAGCCGGCGGCCGAGUGGUCGGUAGUGCUGGGCGUGCACUCCCAGGACGGGCCCCUGGACGGCGCUCACAUCCGCGCGGUGGCCGCUAUCCUGGUGCCCGACAACUACAGCAGCGUGGAACAGGGCGCCGACGUGGCCCUGCUGCGCCUGGCCUCGCCCGCCAGGCUGGGCCCCGCCGUGCGGCCGGUCUGCCUGCCCCGGGCCUCGCACCGCUUCGCUCUCGGCACCGCGUGCUGGGCCACGGGUUGGGGGGACGUCCAGGAAGCGGACCCCCUGCCUCUGCCCUGGGCGCUGCAAGAAGUGGAGCUAAGGCUGCUGGGAGAGGCUGCCUGUCAGUGUCUCUACAGCCGGCCUGGCCCCUUCAAUCUCACUUUCCAGCUGUUGCCAGGGAUGCUGUGCGCUGGCUACCCGGAGGGCCGCAGGGACACCUGCCAGGGAGACUCUGGGGGGCCCCUGGUUUGUGAGGAAGGUGGCCGAUGGUUCCAGGCGGGGAUCACCAGCUUUGGCUUUGGCUGUGGACGGAGGAACCGCCCCGGAGUCUUCACUGCUGUGGCUCCCUACGAGGCAUGGAUAAGAGAAAAGGUGAUGGGCUCAGAGCCUGGGCCUGCCUUUCCCACCCAGUCCCCAGAGCCCCAGUCAGGCCUCCCAGAACCCAUGGAUGAGAACUGCACCAUUGCCCUACCAGAGUGCGGUAAGGCCCUACGGCCAGGCUCCUGGCCCUGGGAAGCCCAGGUGAUGGUUCCAGGAUCCAGACCCUGCUAUGGAGUGCUGGUGUCUGAGAGCUGGCUCUUGGCACCUGCCAGCUGCUUUUCGGGCCGCGUCAGCUCAGACCAGCCUCCCGGCGACCUGGAAAACUGGCGCGUUCUGCUGCCCUCGCGCCCGCGCGCGGAGCAAGUGGCGCGCCUCAUGCUGCACGAGAACGCCUCCUGGGACGACGCCUCGGACCUGGCUCUGCUGCAGCUGCGCGUGCCCGUGAACCUCAGCGCGGCCCCGCGGCCAGUGUGCCUCCCCCACCCAGAACACUAUUUCCUGCCCGGGAGCCGCUGCCGCCUGGCUCGCUGGGGCCGCGGGGAAGCCGCACCCGGCCCCAGCUCGCUGCUUGAGGCGGAGCUGUUGGGCGCCUGGUGGUGUCACUGCCUGUACGGCCGCCAGAGGGCGUCAGUGCCGCCGCCCGGAGAGCCGCCGCAAGCGCUCUGCCCCGCCUACCAAGAGGAGGAGGUGGCUGGCCACUGCUGGAACUAUUCUCACUGGAGCCUUCUUUGCCGGGAAGAGGGGACCUGGUUCCUGGCUGGAAUCAGAGACUUCUCCAGUGACUGUCUACGUCCCAGAGCCUUCUACCCGCUGCAGAUCCACGGCCCAUGGAUCAGUCAUGUGACUCGGGAAGCCUACGUGGAGGACCAGCUGGCCUGGGAUUGGGGCCCUGAGGGGGAGGAGACUGAAACACAAACUUGUCCCCCUCACACAGAGUAUGGUGCGUGUGGUCUGCGGCCUGAGCCGGCUCCGAUGGGGGUCCUGUGGCCCUGGCUGGCAGAGGUGCAUGUAGCCGGAGAGCGUGUCUGCACUGGGAUCCUCGUCGCCCCAGGCUGGGUCCUGGCGGCCACUCACUGUGUCCUCAGGCCAGGCUCUACCACAGUGCCUUAUAUUGAAGUGUACCUGGGCCGGGCGGGGGCCAGCCCCCUCCCGCAGAGCCACCAGCUAUCCCGAUCCAUCAUCAGCAUCCGCCUGCCCCGGCACCUGGGACUCCGGCCCCCCCUGGCCCUCCUAGAGCUGAGCUCCCGGGUGGAGCCCUCCCCAUCAGCCUUGCCCAUCUGCCUUCAGCCAGGCGGUCUCCCCUUGGGGGCCAGCUGCUGGGUGCUGGGCUGGAAGGACCCCCAGGACCGAGUCCCUGUGGCUGCUGCUGUCUCCAUCUUGACAGCGCGACUCUGUCACUGCCUCUAUCAGGGCAUUCUGCCCCCUGGAACUCUCUGUGUCCUGUAUGCAGAGGGGCAGGAGGACAGCUGUGAGGUGACCUCAGCCCCGCCACUCCUGUGCCAGACUGAGGGAGGCUCCUGGGUCCUUGUGGGCAUGGCUCUUCGAGGCAGCAGGGAACUAUUUGCCGCUGUUGGCCCUGAAGAGACCUGGAUCUCCCAGACGGUGGGGGAGGCCCAUUUCCUGCCCACCAGUGGCCUCCCCCACUGGCUCCCUGAAGGCAGCGACCUCUGCCCACCUGACAUAGCCAGGGCCUCAGGUUCCCCUCGGGCUGCUCUUUUCCUGCUGCUACUGAUCCUUCUGGUCCAGGGCUGAGGGGGCCCGGACCCCUAGGCCACCUCCUCUGGGCCUCCCCCAGCCCAAAUGGCCUUGCAGCUCCCUCCCAGUGGGGCUGGAAUGCGGUCCAACCAGCUCUGUUCCCCUGCCAGGAACCUCCAGAGCGCCCCACCCACCUAGACUGCAGCGGCUUCAGCUAAUUGGGCCUGGGUGCCUGGCUAUUUUGGAGUCCGGCAUCCUUGAGGGCAGUGGGCAAUAAAGGUGUAAACACUGA